UAUGAGCAAGGAUAAUAAGGGUGAAAUUGAUGUUGAUAGUAUCAUUGAAAGACUUUUGAGUGUCAGAGGAAGUAAACCAGGAAAAAAUGUAAACUUAACAGAGGCAGAAGUCAGAGGGUUGUGUAUAAAAGCUAGAGACAUUUUUAUUUCUUAACCAAUUUUAUUGGAACUUGAGGCUCCAUUAAAAAUUUGUGGUAAGUUUAAGAUAAUAUGAGUUUAUAGGUGAUGUGCAUGGUUAAUAUUUUGAUUUACUUAGAUUAUUUGAAUAUGGAGGAUACCCUCCUGAAAGUAAUUAUUUAUUUCUUGGUGAUUAUGUUGACAGAGGUAUUUAAAUUGAUCUAUUUGAAUAGGAAAAUAAUCAUUAGAAACUAUUUGUUUGCUUUUAGCAUACAAAAUAAAAUAUCCUGAGAAUUUCUUUUUGCUUAGAGGGAAUCAUGAAUGUGCAUCCAUUAACAGAAUUUAUGGAUUUUAUGAUGAAUGUAAAUAGUUCAAUAGUAAAUAUAGGCAAGAGAAGAUAUACUAUAAAAUUAUGGAAGACCUUUACUGAUUGUUUUAAUUGUCUACCUGUAGCUGCAUUAAUUGAUGAAAAGAUUUUGUGUAUGCAUGGUGGAUUAUCACCUGAAUUAUCGAAUUUGGAAUAAAUAAGAAGAAUAAUGAGACCAACAGAUGUUCCAGAUACUGGAUUACUUUGUGAUUUAUUAUGGUCUGAUCCUGAUAAGGAUGUAUAAGGAUGGGCUGAUAAUGAAAGAGGAGUUUCAUAUGUAUUUAGUCAAGAGAUAGUACAAGUCUUUUUAAAAAAGCAUGAAUUAGAUUUGAUAUGUAGAGCACAUCAAGUAGAAAUUCAUAAAAUAUUAUUUUAUAGGUGGUUGAAGAUGGAUAUGAGUUUUUCAGUAAAAGAUAAUUAGUAACAUUAUUUUCAGCUCCUAAUUAUUGUGGUGAAUUUGAUAAUGCAGGUUAUAUAUUCAUUAAUAUAAUUAGGAUCUAUGAUGACAGUGGAUGAAUCACUAAUGUGUUCUUUUUAAAUUUUGAAACCAGCAGAAUAGGGAUAAGGAGCAUCCCAAUAGAACAAAGCAGGAAGUGCUAAAUUUGUGAAUUGAAU